GACAGCGGCGUUGAUCUAAGAAAGCGAGUAGGGCACCGCAGCCCCCCACUAGUUAAUACAGUGAGGCUGGGCAGCAGGCCCCCAACUCCAUCUGGAUUAUUACUGUACAAAUCUGCCAAUAUUCUAUUACUACUGUCCGGAAUAUUACUUUCCCAUCUCUGCCACCGCCAGCAGGUAGCUUGAGUCUCUUUCUUGGUCUCUAGUACCUGCUAUGACAGGCAAACUCGUGGAGAAGCUCCCCUUGACCAUGAACAGUUUAUUAAACCAGGUGACAGACAGCAUGUAUCCAGAAGAGGAGCUCCCCAUCUACAGUUCGGACCCUAUUCACUAUAACCAAAUGAAUACAGAAAAUGUGAUGGAUAUGGGACUUGGAAGUGACAAAGGAAACCAGGAACUGCCCUAUCCGAACACUUUCCAGCCCACUCCUGGCAACAAGACUGCAGUAACCUACCUAGGGAAAUUUGCUUUUGAUUCGCCUACAAGCUGGUGUACAGAUAACAUCAUUAACCUUAUGAGUGCUGGCAUCCUGGGUGUCUCGUCUUCCUGCAGUACUGUCACAACACCUACUUCAACUUCUGUCACUAUGGGGCAAAGUCAGCUUAACCAAGGAGAGGUGGAGUCAAUGUACCCUGGUCUGUCCUCUUAUACAUCCUGUGGUGAAAUGUAUCAAGAUCAAGUCACAUUCCAUAACCCCCAGACCACCACCUCCCUUCCUUAUACCACAGCAGACUAUUCCACACCCAAGCCUGCCUUGGACUCCAACAACAUAUUUCCUAUGAUUCCAGACUACAGUAUAUAUCAUCACCAAGGUGACAUGAGUACUAUGGCAGAACACAAGCCUUUCCAAAGCAUGGACCCAAUUAGGGUAAAUCCGCCACCGAUUACUCCACUAGAAACUAUUAAGGCAUUUAAGGACAAACAAAUUCAUCCAGGCUUUGCAAGUCUACAUCAACAACAUCAGCAGCAGCCUCUGACUUUAAAGCCCAUCCGUCCCAGGAAAUAUCCAAACCGUCCUAGCAAGACUCCUGUGCACGAACGCCCCCAUGCCUGUCCAGCUGAAGGUUGUGACCGACGUUUCUCCCGCUCAGAUGAGCUUACUCGGCAUCUACGCAUUCACACAGGUCACAAGCCCUUCCAGUGUCGUAUCUGUAUGCGCAGCUUUAGUCGCAGUGAUCACCUCACCACUCAUAUCCGUACCCAUACAGGUGAGAAACCCUUCUCCUGUGAGUUUUGUGGGCGCAAAUUUGCACGUAGCGAUGAACGUAAAAGGCAUGCCAAGAUCCAUUCUAAGCAAAAGGAAAAGAAAGUGGAGAAAAAUUCUCUUUUGCCCCUAAUCACUACCACACCUACUCCCACAGCACCAAUUGUAACCACAUGUGCAUAGACUGAAAUGGAAGGGGUUUUGUCUUGUACGGUUUCAGCUCUUCUCUGAGGAGUUGGCAACCUAUCUGAAAUUGGACUGUUCCAUCCUACUGGGUCCUGUUUAUACUGUGCAUUCGGAUCGCCUUGACCCGAAUUAGAUGAUGUGAUGCACUUCAGCAAAGCUUGUUGGAAUGAAGCCAUUGUUGAGAAGGGGUGCUCCAGUGCACAUUCUGAGGGAAUGACUGUGACCAGAGGUGGGUCCCACUGUCAGCACCUGCACAGAACUGGGAAUCCACAUAUGGCCACAUCUUCGCUGAAUAGGGAACAAAACUUGUCAUUUUGAAGUCUUCACUAGGGCAUCUUAGCUCCAAUUAGUAUGUGGUCUCUAAUGUUCUUACAUAGGUGUGCAUAUAGUGUGUACAUAUGUACGUGUACAAGUACGCUCCUAUAUACAAAACACAUUUAUUCAAUCAAUUAUUUGUCAGAAGGGGCCAGGAGACAUGAGCAAACCAUGUUUUAAUUGUGUUUAAACUGUGAUAGGUAACAGCUGUAAAUGUGCAUAUGCAGCAAUUUGUUAAAUCUUUUAACAGCUGCUGGACCAAACUUUGCUGGCAAAACCUCCUCUAAUGUUAUGGACCUUUUUCUUUUUGUAUAGGGUUUGUCAGCAACCUGUUAUAAAUGGUCAUUUGACCACUUUAUACUGCAUGCAUUAUUUACUGGUCAUCUGAUGGCUGCAGUUGCCAUUGAAUGCAUUACCCCUGGAUUUGUACACAGUUUCAGAUGUCUCAGUUUAUAAAAACACCCCCUCCACAUACACAAUUCCUGGUACCAUUUCAGAGCACUUUCUGUAGCCUGCCUGUAUCCAAGGCCAGACAAAUGUGCAAAGCAAGCUGCUUUACCUGCCCUGGGCUUGUUAUUUGUACUUUACUCUCUUCUGAGCUUCCAAACAGAUUUCUAGCACUGCUUGCCUGGAAGUUUUUUUUUCCUGCUGGUGCAUGGAAAGCAGGUCAGGCUUCACUUACCUAAACAGUUAAACUUAAAAAUAUCUAUAUAUAUAUUUCUGUUAUACUUGAAACUCAAACCAUUUCAGACGGUUUGUAAAAAUGAACACUUUUUGUUGUGAGAUAAGGAAACAGGGAAAAGGGGGUUACAUUUUUCCCUCUGUAGGAAAUAUGUGCUAUCAGGUAUUUUCAUACUUGUUGAAUGUUUUUUAAUGUACAGAUUAUGUUGCUAUUGCCUUUUUACUCCUAAAGGCCUUGUAAAGUACAAAUGGUACUAGUUUUGAUGCCAUUGUGACAUGUUAAUAAAUAUGUAUACUUAAUAACUCAAGUGCUUUUUACAGGUAUUGAAGGGGAUGCUUUUUAUGAAAAAAUAUUGGUCGUGUUUCCUUUGCAAACAAAGCUGAAUGUAUAAAUCUGUCCUCGUUUAUGAUGUAGGCCUUUACAUGGCAGUUGCUGUUUUGCAGUAUCAAUGUAAGGCUUCAUCACCAGUAAAAUAAACUGGUUGGCAUCAGCAGGUAAAGUUUCAGCAGUAUAACAUUAAAGUUAAUGGCUAAAUCACCAAGUCCAUUAGCAGUAGGAAUUUGUAUAGCAUAGGCAGUCAUUGUCAUUUAAAGAAGCCCUGGUUUUAUAAAGAUUUUACCAUACUUUCCCCCACUUAACAUAUUUAUGGUAAAAUACUACAGCCACUUUCUUCUUAAUUCCUAAUAUGAAAUACUGUAUUUCUAAGUUCUUAAAACGUGUUCCUUCCUUGACAUACUGGCUAACUAUGUUGCAUGACAGUUUUGGUGUGGGGAUACACUGUAUGAGCACAUGCUUUCAAAAGGUGAAGCGAAUGGAAAGGAUUUUCUAAAACUGUACAGCAGUAGAAUUUAAGACUGCUGACUGUUUUCUACAGAUACAACAGUAUAAACAUUCUUUUUAAAUUAGCCAAUAAAAUGCAGAUAUACAAGGGAUUUAUCUUGGUAUGUGAGAAAUGUUGCAAGCCCAGAGUUUAAUUUUUAUUUGACACUGUUCACAAGUGGUGCCAUUAAACUCUUCUGCAUGAGAUCACAGUUUAUAUAUAUAAAUUGCACUGUCAGUCAAUCACACAGCACAAUAAACACUAGCAGACGUGGGUCACAGAUCUAUACAACCAGGGUACCUAUAUCCAGAAUUAUAACAUUUAGACCUAGGGACUGAGCUUGCUGGGCUAUAUUAUUUGCAUAUCAUGAUCGAACCUUUUUCUAAGUUACAAAUGUAUUUGUAGCAAGCCUUUUUUUUUCAUUACAUAUAAAAUCUGAGCUUUUACAGUUAGAAUUCCAGAACAUUACUGGGGUGGUUGGGGCCUUUUUAAAGAAUAACGGUUGUUUGAAAUUAUAUAGAGUCUUAUUAAUAAGGAAACACUACUUUGAAAUUCAGCUUUAUUUGGACAUUUUGAAUAUAGUCUUAAAAGGCUGAUGCCAACAGUAACUGUUUACUGCUGAGGAGCUCAUCUUGAUUACGAGUUUGCUGACUGAAUGUCGAGUUGGCACUUUUCAUUUAUUAUAUGUAUAAAAAUCAGAAUGUGUACUUUGGACUGAAGAUGUGUACCCCUUGCUUGUUUCAAGCACACCAUAGGGCUUAUUCAGGUAUGGAAACACGCGUGUGAGGCACUGCACAUGCAAUGGACACGUGCCACAUGUGUGAGCUGCUUUAGGGGAAGGGGACACACUAAGCAUUAACUUUUUUGAUAGAAAGAAGUACAACUUUCUUAAAUACAUAAAUGCUAUUUUACUUGACGAAUUUUCUAAUGUGAUAUUUUUGUCACUGAUGCAAAAAAAAGGUGGGGAGAGUAAACUUGGAACCUCUGCCCCACUUUUCUCAGUCCACAGUGGAUUUGCAUGUUAACUGCACGCCACCUACUUUUCCCCCCUUCUUUUUUUCCAUGACAGAAAAAAUAAUAACAUGCUUAAAUGUUUAAGCUAAGAGUUGGUGCCAAAAGGUCUCGCUAUUACAGUUCAUUGUGAUGCAUGUACAGAAACAGAAUUAUUUAUGUGAUGCUGCAGAAGAGCAAAACAAAAAAAGGUUUUCAAAAAACCUGUGGGAAUGAUAUUUUUUGACAGACUUUUAAAUAAAGUUGAAAUCUCUAAAAAGAUGUAAUAUAUAUAUAUUUUGUGGAUGUUUCUAUUUCUUGGACUUACAGUACCUUAUAAUAAGGUAAAAUUGAGCAAUGCUUGUUAUUGUGAGAAUGGUGAUUUUUUCACCCAGCAUUUUAACUUCCUCAUUUGUCACAUUGUAACACAAAUUUAUAGUUAAUGCAUAAAGCAUUAAAACUAAUGUAAUGUGGUACCAUUUGCACUGUGAGCAAAUGCUGAUACAGUAAAUAUAUUGUGUUUGCGGACAAUCA